UUGAUUCCAUUUUAAUCUACCUGAAACUUUAUUUAAAAGUAUCUUUAUGUCUUUGUUCUGAUGUGGUCCUGAUACACGUCAUUUCCUUAUUUUCCAAAAUGAAAGGCGGAAGUGCUGCUGAAUGAAGUUGUUGAUCAAACAUUCCGUGAGACCUUCACGAAAGAAAGGAUUUUUUUCAAUAUUAUCGGUCUUAGUCAUGAACAGUACAAUGAAUACUACAGUCAGCAUGAGCACCCAUCAUGUAUUUGUGUACGGCUCACUAAAGAAAGGCCAGCCAAACCACCACGAACUCUUGAACUCUAACAAUGGUCAAGCUGAGUUCAUCACCUGCGCCCAGACCAAAGAGCCAUACCCGCUGGUUAUUGCCACCAAACACAACAUUCCUUUUCUGCUGAAUGUGCCCGGCUCUGGAAAGCAGGUCUCUGGUGAGAUCUACAGCGUUGACCAGAAGAUGCUGGAGUUCCUGGACUGGUUUGAGAAAUGUCCAGACUGGUACCAGCGCACUUCCAUCCAGCUGGAGAUCCUAAAGGGGAAUGGAGAAUCUGGAAGAAUUGAGGAGGCUUCUGUCUACAGCAAAAUAAAUUUUGAACCCGACUGGCUCAACAAGCCCACACAUGAAAGUUAUGAUACCAAUGGUGACCAUGGACUGAAAUUUGUGUGUCGAGAAGACAGGAAAGAUGAUUAACUUGUAUAUCUGGGUCUGUACCAUGAAGCCAGAUUAGCUCUCAACAGUUAAGUUUAAGUUUAGUUUAGUUUGCACCUAUCCUGGGUUUUAGGUACCAUGAAGGCAGCUUGACUUUAAUCACUUUGUUACUUGUGGUAACGACUAACCUGCUCCAGGUAAGUUUAUAUUCCAGGGUUGCAUUCCGGAUGUCUAUACUAAUCCCGAUAAAUUUGAAAAUGUCAUUUUCAUCUAAAAACACUCCAUGUCCACACUCGUUUCCGAUUUUUUUUUUUGUCAUCCAUACAAAAAUGAUUGAAAUGCUUUUAUUCAUGUACUGUUUUACCUCCAUCACAUCCGCCUGGUGUUUAUUUACUUUGUCUUUUUGAAAUGUUGCAGCAAAAACAUGUCACAACUGUGGUCUGCUUCCUCUGCUGAACAGCAGCUUACACUAAACAUUCCCUGUCCUUUGAAGAGAGGCAAUAUGGAGCAUGUACAAACGGACAAUAAUCUUUAAUACUGCGUCACAUGACUAAAAUCCAUAAUUGUUUUCGAAAGCCUCUGUCUUCAAAGCCCACACUGCAACAUGAAAAUGACUAUUUCAAAUUUGUCCACUUUGGGCCAUGUCCACUCUAAUAUUUUUGUUUUAAAUUGCAUCUUUUUCUCUGUUUUGAUCUUUCAUCCACAAUGAGACAGUGUUUUAAGGAAAUGAAAACAUUUUUUUGAAAACACUGUCCAAAGUAGUGGUGGGCAGAGUGAGGGUUUGUGAAACACUGAAACAGUCGAAGCAAAUGUGUUGAAGCUUCUUAAUGUUUUGAAACCUCUCUCUAUAGUGACACCUAGUGAUCAUUUUCUGUAUUUCUCGGAUAGCUUUAGCAAAGAAACAGUGAUGUAAAUUAAGAUAUUAAACGUUGUCAGGUUUAGUUUUCAAGUGAUUUAGUGGAGCGGUGAAAGUUCCUGAUUUGCAUAACUUGGGUGUUUUGGAUUAUGCUUUGGUGCAGUGUUUGGGCUUCGUGAUCUUAACAUUGUCAACAUCAGUUUCGCAUCAGCCAUCCUUAGACCAAAGUGGACAAAUUUAAAUAUGAUUAUGGUGAUAA